AUGAAAAGAAACGCUGCAAAGGAGGAGGUAAAACGACCAGCAGAGCAGUCUAACCCAGCCACAACCCUCAAUCUCUACUGUCGGCUUUUCCAAGGCCGAAAACAGUUAUUCUCCCCAGCCGACCCUCCCGACGGCGUCGCUCCCGCAUCAUACUUCAUCAUCAACCCGAUCCCCCAUAAGCAUGCGUGGCAAUGGCGACCCGUCUUGCACCGCGGAGACAACCCCAAAUAUACCGCGGAUACAUUGGCCAUCGCAAGGAUGACGCGAUCUGCGAUGUGGGGCUCGUUUUGCCUAUGGAUGGGCGACGGUGUUGAUACGAUCGUGAAGAAUAAGAAGCGGAGAAGGGCGAAACGCAAGGCACGGCGGGCGGAGAAAUGGCGAAAGUUCUGGCACAUGAAGCCAAAGCCGCCGAAGGAGCCUUUACAGGACGAGAUGGAGGUUGUGGGGAAGGUGUGCAAGAUUCACGUGCGGAGAGCUGGGUUUUGGAGCCGGCGAGUGGAAUGGGAGUUUGAUGGUGUGCGAUAUCAGUGGUCUGGAACACGCACAUUGUCGAAGAAUAAGCUGAAAGGGUGGACUCAUGAUGUUAAGUUGAUCCGAAAAUCCGAUCACGCUCUGAUCGCUACCUUGAAGAAAGAUCGAUGGUCAACUUUCCGAUCCUCCGAAAAGAUCGGACAACCGCCAAAUAAGAAACGAGCUUAUGUCGGGCAACUAUGCAUAUAUCCGGCCGCCUAUGAGCAGAGCACCAUCCCCGACCAGACCAAGGAAUCCACCCUUGCGAAACAUACAGCGAAAAUCGACGGAGCCGUGUCCGGCAAAAAGAAGAAUCACCAUGACGAUAUCGAGAUCCCCGACGGACCGCACGCUGGCAAUAUGCUCGAAGAGCUGAUCGUGCUGACGGCCUGGAUUGUUAUCGAGGCGGAACAUCGCCUGAGAUGGAAGAUCGUAGAUCUGAUUGAAGAGAUUGGGGAGAGCGCGGGCGGCUAA